CUGAGGUCAACCCGCGGGAAUUACGUGGUGUUGUGGUUGGUGUAAUUUUUGUUGGAAAAAAUCCCUUUUUCAUGCUUUUGAUGGUGAUUUGAUCUGAGUGAAAUUAGGCAUGAGUUCAGAAACAAACACAGCAGCGGUUCCGACGGCCCUGGUUGAUGUUCAAGGAGACAAGCGAUGGAUAAAUCUGCAUGAACAUAAUGUUGCUGAAGCCAAUGAGAAAGAACCAGAGGUCCUCUUUGUUGGAGAUUCCAUCAUUCAGCAAAUGACACAAUAUGAUGUAUGGAAUGAGCUGUUUGAGCCACUCCACUCCCUCAAUUUUGGAAUAGGUGGAGACCAGACACAACAUCUACUAUGGCGCUUACAGAAUGGAUCCUUAGAUAACAUCAAGCCCAAGGUGAUUGUGUUGUUGGUAGGGACCAAUAAUCACGACCACACCGCGGAAGAGACAUUUGGUGGGAUUGAAGCCAUCAUCAAAUACACCACAGAUAAGAUCCCAUCAGCACGACUAAUAGUCAUGGGUGUUUUACCACGAGGCAGAUAUCCCAACAGACUCCGAGACAAACUCAAGAUCAUCAAUGACUCCCUAGGCAGCCUCCUCAAUACCAAACCUAAGAAGUACCCUACAGCGGAGCUGUUUGAUGCCUCCAGUGAUUUCAUCCAAGAAGACGGUAGGAUAAGCCACUUAGAUAUGUUUGAUUACCUGCAUCUUACCAAGGAAGGCUACCGAAAAGUUUGUGAACCACUCAAAGAUCGGAUAGAUGAGAUACUACUAGAGAAGUAGGCAUAAUGACCUCUUGACCUCCCAUUUACUAUCGAUGUCUAGUGCCCUGGCUGCUUAGCUUAGAAAAUAUACAAUGCAUGCUUAUUGGCUACAGACUAGCCUGUAACUUAUAUUUUAAGGCUGUGUCCAAAACGGCGACUUCGGCUGCAGCUACAGCUAGAUCCCGCGUGUCUGUCUAUUCUUCAACAUUGGAAGAUGCGCUGAUCUAGCUGUAGCUGCAGCUGAGGGCGCCAUUCAGGACGAGGCCUCAGGCAGUUACUUAUUAGGAUCUUUGGCUGCAACUUUGUCAAGAUUUCUGCUGUAGUCCAACAUUGAUGCUGAAGCUUAGCAACCAUAGCUGAAGGCAGGUCAUGUAACAUAAUCUGAGAUUGGAUUAAGAUGGCUGUGGGGGUCGCAGGUUGUUAUGUUUGUCCUAUAUAUUCCAUGGUAAAUCUGUUACAGUGUUCAGUUACUUCAAAAGUGUCAAAAACAAGUUCAAGUGUUGAUAAAUUGAAGCAAGUAAAAUGUGAUGUGGGAAGAAGUAUUAUUUUACCCAUUUGUAAGCUUACCACAUUUUGUUAUUUAUGGAAUCAGAAGCUCUUUGUGAAUGGUUGGCAGGGUGUUGUACAUGUAUAUUCCGGAUGAUUUUCUUCCAACUUAAGUCUGCUCUUUGAUUUGUGUUUGCCUGCAGAAAAAACAGCUAAAUUGACAUCAAAGUCUGUUCCAUAUUAAAAGACAUGUAGGUCAUCCCUUGUACUCAAUAAAAUGUUGUAAAUCUGGGAGGCCAAAUAUCCUGCCUGGUUUACAUGCCAUUGGGAUGUACAUGUAUUGUUGAGGUUCAGGAAAUGUCCCCAUGCUUUACAUGAAUGUUCUCUAGGAGGUUAGAACAUGCAGCGUCUUGGCAGAAAAGGUGAUUAACCAAGUUAUAUCAUGGAGGAAGAAAGAGAAGGAGCUCGAAUGACCCGCAAAACCGCAGAGUAACAAAAGAAUACCCUG